AUGCUCGAAGGCCUGGUCUCCGGCCUCCUGAACCGCUUCUUGGGCAUGUACGUCAAGAACUUUGACCCAACCCAGCUGAAAGUCGGCAUCUGGUCUGGCGAUGUGAAGCUGCGAAAUCUCGAGCUGCGUAAGGAAGCACUUGACCAGCUCAAGCUCCCCAUCAAUGUCGUCGAAGGACACCUCGGAGAGCUCACUCUCGUCAUACCCUGGUCGAAUCUGCGCGGCUCCCCAGUCAAGGUCUUUAUCGAAGAUGUCUUCCUGCUGGCCUCGCCCAAGGAGGAGGCUGCCUACGACGAAGACGAAGAGGAGCGCAGGAAACAGAGGCUCAAGAUGGAGAAGCUGGACUCUGCUGAGCUCCUCAAGGAACGGUCUCAAGCGGGUCUCAGUCAGGAAGAGCAGAAGAAGAGUCAGAGUUUCACCGAGAGUCUGGUCACUAAGAUUGUCGAUAACCUGCAGGUCACAGUCAAGAACAUCCACGUGCGAUACGAGGACUCGAUAUCCACCCCCGGUCACCCCUUCGCCCUCGGCGUCACUCUCGAGGAGUUCAGCGCAGUCUCCACCGACGGCGAGUGGAAGCCGACUUUCAUCCAGAACUCAACCAAGUCUACGAACAAACUCGCCAAGCUGGAAGCGCUAGCUGUGUAUUGGAACACCGACACCAAGCUUCUAGGCUCCGGCCGCGAGGUACCAGACCAAGGAGACAAUGCCCUGCCCCACGACGAUCUGAUUGCGGAAUUCAAGAAUUUGAUUGGCAGAGCGGAAGAUGCGUCGACGGUAGGACAUCAAUUCAUCUUGAAGCCAGUCAGCGGCCAAGCCAAGAUCACACUAGACAAGACGGGCCAUGUUCACACACCAAAGACCAAGGCCAGCCUCCUCUUCGACGAGAUCGGUGUCGUUCUUGAUGACGACCAAUACCGCGAUGCCUUGAUGAUGGUAGAUCUUUUCCACUACUUUAUCCGCCACCAAGAAUACAAGAAGCUGCAACCAAAGGGGGUUUCACCAAAACAAGAUCCCCGUGCAUGGCUCAGGUUCGCCGGAGAUGCUGUCCUGUCAAAGAUUCACGAUCGCAACCGAAGAUGGUCAUGGGACUACUUCCGUGAGAGGCGAGACAAUCGCCGCCGAUACAUCGAACUCUUCAAGAAGAUCAAGGCGAACCAAACUCUUUCCGCCCAGGACAAGGAAGAUCUCACCAGGCUCGAGGAGAAGCUCACGUACGAGGAUCUGCGCUUUUGGAGGUCCUUGGCUCGUAACCAGCUCAAAAAAGAGAACGCCGAAGCUUUGAAGAACGCCCCGCCGAAGCCGCAACAUGAACAGCAGGGAUGGUCAUCCUGGAUCUGGGGCUCCAAGCCAUCUCAACAGCAACAUCAAGAUAAUUCAGAAAAUACCCAGAUGACGGAAGAGCAGCGGCAAGAGCUGUACGAAGCGAUCGAUUGGGACGAGAAGACAGCAUUGGCCGAUGCCGUCGAUGCUCCCCGAGAUACUGUCAAGAUGCAAGUCGACACAGUUCUGAGCACUGGUAGCUUCACUCUGCGACAAAGCCCCCACGGGUCCAAAACCGACCUGUUGAGUCUGCACUUUGACAUGUUCAAAGCUAAGGCCCUCAAACGACCAGACUCGGUGCUUGCAGACCUUAGCCUGGGCGGCUUCCGCGUCAACGACGGAACCACCCCUGACUCCAUAUUUCAAGAGAUCGUUCGAGUCAAGGAUGCGCCAGACACAAACAAGCAGAAGCGCCUUUCGAUUGCAGACCUAGAAACCUCUCAGAACACGUCGUUCUUUGAUUUGAAAGUUGAGCAGAAUCCUCUAAACGGCCAGGGUGACUUUGCUGUCACCGCUAAACUGAAGCCUCUCGAGAUUGUGUGGAAUCCCAACUUCGUCGUAGGUAUCGUAGACUUCUUCAAGCCGCCCGAGCGACACAUGGAGGCCAUCAGUGCUCUCAUGGAGACCGCAGGUGCUACAGUUGAGGGCUUGAGGCAGCAGACGAGAGCUGGCCUCGAAUUUGCUCUAGAUGAACACAAGACAAUCAACGCCAAGCUCGAUUUGCAAGCGCCUUUGAUCAUUAUUCCGCAAAGCAUCACCACCGAACGAUCUACUUGCCUUAUCAUAGACGCUGGCCACAUCAGCGUAAACAGCGAGCUUGUCGAUAAGGAGGUAAUGAAGCAGGUUCAGGAUAAACAGAAACAGUCAUACUCCGACGAGGACUUCAAGCAACUUGAGUCGCUAAUGUACGACAAGUUUGUCGUCAAACUGAGCUCAACGCAGGUCCUCAUCGGCCCUUCGAUCGACGAUGCGAAGUCUCAAUUGAUCGAAAAGGACGAUACGAGAAUGUACCAUAUCGUUGAGAAGAUCAACGUCGACUUCGUGGUGGCCAUGUCAAUCCUCCCCAAGGCACCGAACCUUACCAAGAUGAAGGUGUCCGGUCACUUACCUGUUUUGCACGCCACUGUGUCCGACACCAAAUACAAGAGUCUCAUGAAGUUGAUUGAUGUUGCCAUACCGAAAUUUGGUGGAGAUACACAGCAGGCUCAAUCGCAACAACGGCCAAACAGACCAAGGUUGCUCAGCAGUGCAUCUGGUCGUUCCACGAGGUCGAACAAGGCCCAUAAGAGGAAGUCUUCGGCCAACAUUUUUUCGACCCCACAGACUGCUGUCAUUAUUCAUGACGACGAUGACGACGAUGAUGCUUUCGAAGAUGCAUCUGAAGGCAGCACUAAUCAACAACUGAAGAUGCAGCAACGGACGUUUGAGUUCACGUUUGCUGUCGAUAAACUGCAAGGCUCCCUCUACAGGAGCGACCCCGACGGAGAGAAGCCCGAGUCUCUGUUGGUUGAGCUGGUUGCUGAGGACUUCGACUUGGACUUUUAUAUCCGACCGUUUGACAUGGUUGCUGAAGUGUCUCUUGGAUCUGUCACCGUUGACGACUUUGUUGAGAACAACCCUUCAGUCGAGUUCAAGUCAAUCGUGUCAUCCGGCGAUGUUGAGGACCGCCAAGAAAAGAGAGACUUGGUUACAGUUAAGUUUAUCAAGGUUAAGAGAGAGUCGCCAGAGUUCAUGCCAGUCUACGAAGGUAUAGAGACUAACAUCAAUGUCACGGUCUCGACCAUCAACCUCGUCGUAACAAGGAAGACGUUGCUAACACUGUUGGAUUUUAUCUUGGUAACCUUCACCAACAAUGAUAAUGCAAACGCCCAGCCGCAGAGGAGAGCGAUCACGAACAGUGACGAUGAGAGCGACUUACCUGAGAUUGUGGAACCUCCUCCCGAACAACAGCCGGAACAGGCAGGGUCUAUCAGGGUCAAGGUUGACUUGAAAACUAUACGAUUGAUCCUGAAUAACGAUGGCAUACGGCUCGCGACUCUCUCGUUCAACCAUGCUGACGUUGGUGUCUAUCUCUCUGGAAAGACGAUGCGCAUAGCUACAAAGUUGGGAGAUCUUAGUCUAGUCGAUGAUGUAAACGUUGGCGCUUCCGAGAAUUCCAGCCUUCGUAGACUGGUCACAAUCCAAGGGGACGAGCUUGCGGACUUUCGAUAUGAGACUUUUGAUAGGGAUAACAAGAAUGCAUAUCCUGGUUAUGAUUCUUCGAUAUUCUUACGGGCUGGCUCCAUUAAGAUCAACUUCCAAGAAGAACCUUUCAGAAAGAUCAUCGAAUUCUUGGUCAAGUUCGGUAAGAUGCAGGCAAUCUACAAUGCCGCACGCCAAGCUGCUGCAAGCCAGGCACAGCAAAUUCAACAAAGCACCAGCCGUUUCAAGUUCGACGUCCUCGUCAACACACCCAUCAUCGUCUUCCCUGGUGUGGUCGUACCGGGCAGGGCGAAGCGUGACCUGAUCACGGCCUACCUCGGAGAGAUCUAUGCUCAAAACAAAUUUGUUCCCUUGGACGACUCCGAAGACGCUCAAAUUGCCAUGAAGUUAUCGGCCGGUAUUCGUAACGUAAGACUUACGUCUCUGUACCACUUCCAAGAAGACGAAUCUGAGGAGAUGGAGAUGAUCGACCAUGUCGAUCUCGGCUUUAACAUCACUUAUGCUGAGCACCAAAGGGGAUCGAAACGUCCCGACAUGGAGAUUGAGGGCAAGAUGACCGACUUGAACCUCAAAAUCUCUCAGUAUCAACUCAAAUCACUUCUCCAAAUCUCGAGAUCUGUGCCUGCUGCCUUCGCCACAGAUGCUGAAGCAAGCGGCGAAGAAGCAGAGAGAGAUGUCGACGAGGGAACAUUGAGACGAGCUAAGACCAUGUCUUCAACGACUACUGGUAAUGAAGACUCUCUCAUCGAUCUGGGCCCUGAACUUGGUUCUCGGGAGGAUACCUGGACCAAACUUGACUUGGUGUUCGAGGCCCACAAGAUCGGUCUUGAGUUGAUCGAUGCCCCUGAGGGCAAACGAACCGGCAAUACCGAUAGCGCUAGUCUUUCGCAGUUCUCUCUCGACAACAGCAAACUGAAGACUCGUAUGUUGGCAGACGGAUCUCUCGAGGCAGAGUUCGUCAUCCACUCCUUCACCAUCCAGGACUCGCGCCAGAAGGAUGGGAAUAAGUUCCGCAAGAUCAUGACUUCGUCCAAUAAGAGUGUCCAACAAUUCAUGGCUUCCAUCUCCAUGAGCUCUGGCCAGAACAAGAAUCUUAUAGCAAUGGUUGCUAUCGACAGUCCUCGAGUCAUUUUUGCCCUGGACUACGUCUUCGCGCUGCAAAGAUUCGUUACCGCUAGUAUCCAGGUUGAUGAGGCGGUGCAAGUGGACGAUAGCUCGGAAGACUCACCCGAAGACUCUGAUACUGAUUCGAUGCAAGUUGUCUUCACGGGCAGCAAAUCUCAGAAGCCAGGACAACUCCAAAAUGUUGGGCAAAAAAAAGAGGAGUCCAAGAUAACUGUUGCCUUCCGCGUCAACAUCGUGGAUGCUCAGGUGAUCCUUAUCGCAAAUCCAUUGAGCUCAAGCUCAGAGGCUAUCGUUUUGGGCACCAAACAGGUGCUUCUAUCACAACAGCACGCUUUGACUUUCCAAGUUCAGAAGGUUGGCAUGUUCUUAUGUCGCAUGGAUAGAUUCGAAGAGUCACGGUUGCGUAUCCUAGAUGACUUUUCUAUUCAGAUGUCCAUGGACAGUUCCCAGCCCAAUCUGACCAAUAUCCAUGUCGACAUCGAGCCUCUUAUCCUGCGCCUUUCGUUGCGCGAUAUUCUUCUCGUUCUUCAAAUUGUCAGCAAGGCUUCUGAGCUUUCUGCAAACCAACCUGAGGACAACAGGGUCAGCGCUUCGGACAAGAAGGCAGAACAGCUCCGUAACGACGGUUUCAAGCAACGCACAGCAAGCGGUCGCGGUAAUUCAACUAUCGCGAAUCGAACAAAGCGAUCCAAGACGGCUGGCACACUGACGACUCGAACGCGCAAGUCAUCACAGCCUCCACGACCAGUCCACGAUGUCAAUAGUGGCCCCAAACGACAUGAGGAGUUGACCGCAUCGAUCGACGGCGUUCGGGUUGUGUUGAUAGGUGAUGUACACGAACUUCCCAUCGUGGACUUGAACAUCAAGAGCUUCACAGCAUCAGCCGCCGACUGGACCAGUAGCCUCAAAGCGGAGACAGCAAUGGAUAUGUACAUUAAUGUUUACAACUUUGCCAAGUCUGCUUGGGAGCCUCUGCUUGAGCCCUGGCAGGUUGGUGUUGGUGUGGCGAAGCAACCAAAUAAUGGCAUGCUGUCCAUCGACAUGCAGUCCCGAAAGGCUUUUGACCUUACAGUCACCACGGCUACUAUCGCACUUGCCUCGAAAUCCUUUGACUUUUUGACAGAAAAUGAAGAUGUGUUGGGCAAGGCACGGGGGGCCGAGUCCCCAUACAAGAUCCGGAACUAUACUGGAUUCGAUGUUGUUGUCCAAGCGAGGAAUCAAAGCAAUACCGAGAACAUUUCUGUCAAGCUUGAGGAUGGCCAAGAAGCUCCUUGGAGCUUCGAGCAUUGGGAGAAAAUGCGGGAAAAUAUCAUGACAGAGAAUAACACUACCAAUACUGUGAGUAUUCAGAUCGAGGGAAGUGGUUUUGAUACAGUCAAGAAUAUUCGCAUCAAUCGCCAUGGUGAAUAUCUAUACAGUUUACGACCGAAGACAGACAACACACUACACCGACUUCUCGUUGAAGUGCAGCUUGGCGAGGACAACAUCAAAUAUGUGACACUGCGAUCACCAUUGGUAGUUGAAAAUGAUACGCAGAUCCCCGUGGAGUUAGGCGUCUACGAUGCACAAGAAGGGCAUCUUCUGAAGAUCGAGAAGAUUCCUCCAGGUGAGAGCCGACCUGCACCUGUCGCAGCUUGUUUUGUCAAGUCUCUGCUGGUGCGGCCGGACUCCGGAUUUGGCUAUGCUUGGUCAUCUGAACACCUCUGGUGGAAGGAUCUGAUCAAAAGGCCAACCCGAACGCUGGUUUGCAAGGGUGAAGGCAAUGACCCGUUCUACUUUCAGAUGAACACCAGUUUCGACAAGGGUCAUUUCUUGAAUGGUAAAUAUCCUUACAUGAAAAUCAAGCUCUCGCCCCCGGUCAUCCUCGAAAAUUUGCUGCCAUACGAUUUCAAGUACAGGAUCUAUGACAAGAACACUAAGAAGGACUGGACAAAUUUCCUGCGCAAAGGUGGCGUUAGUCCCGUGCAUGUUGUGGAAUUAUCGCAUCUCCUUCUUAUGAGCGUAGACAUGCAGGACACGGUGUUUAAACCUAGCGAGUUUGCCAUCAUCAACCCCGGACAACAGGACGAUUACCGAAAAGAGAACAAGUUACUGUGCAAAGAUGAGGAAGGCCUCCAGCUUCAACUGCGACUUCACUACUUUAAAGUUCCCAACGGAGGUGGCGCUUUCAAGGUCACCGUUUACAGCCCGUACAUUGUCUUGAAUAAGACAGGUUUGGAGGUCAAUGUUCGUGGAAAGCAAUUCCUACAGCAAGCGAAGAGAGCUGCUGGUCAAUCACCUCUCGCUGAUAACUCGAAUGGAGAGCAACCUAAGGCUUUGCCAUUUAUGUUCUCUUUCGGAAACGAUGAUCAUAGGAACCGUGCUUUGCUCAAGGUUGGCGGCUCGGAGUGGAGCAAGCCUCAAAGUUUCGAUGCUAUUGGCAGUACGACGGAUGUUGUUCUCCCGACAGCUGACAAAGCCACAGAGUACCACGUGGGAAUCACUGUCGAGGCAGGCGAUGGCAAGUACAAGAUGACCAGGGUCGUCACUCUAGCCCCGAGAUUUGUUGUUCAGAACAAGGCCGGCGAAGAAUUAAACAUCCGAGAACCAGGCUCGUCCAAUAUAAUGACCCUGCGACCAGGUGCUCUGCAACCUCUGCAUGCUCUUCAGAGGUCUCAUGCCAAACAACUGGCCUUGUGCUUCCCCGGUAUCAAUAACCAAUGGAGCUCUUCCUUCAACAUUUCUGAUCUCGGUACCACUCACGUCAAGAUUGCCAAGGCCGGCCAACGCCAACGUCUCAUUCGGGUUGAGACACUGAUGGAGGAUGCCACAAUUUUCUUACACCUCAGCGUCGAGACCAAGAAUUGGCCAUUCUCUAUGCGCAAUGAGAGCGACACAGAGUUCACUUUCUGGCAAGCAAACCCCAAUGUCGAUGACGAUGGUGUGGAGGAUCGCUCUGGGUGGCGCCCCGUACGAUAUCGAUUACCCCCUCGCAGCAUCAUGCCGUAUGCUUGGGAUUUCCCAGCUGCCAAGUUCAAGGAGGUGGUCAUUAGUACUUCUAGCAAAGAGCGACAUGUCAAAUUGGCCGAGAUUGGAAACCUCAUUCCUAUGAAGUUCGUCAGCAGUUCUGGUGGGCAGAAGAUCAUCGACAUCAAUGUUGCCGCAGAUGGGCCAACGCAGACUCUAAUCUUAUCCAACUUCAAGCCUGGAAAGAGCUUGUACCGACAAAGAACUGGAACUGGUCUCGGUUCUGCCAGUACUAGCGGCUUUGAGGUUAAACAGCUUGAUAAUGAUACGACGUUCCAGGCAAGCUUCAAGCUGUCUGGUAUUGGUGUCUCGUUGAUCAACUCCCAGCUCAAGGAGCUUGCAUAUGUCACUUUCAGAGAUAUUCAACUUAAGUACAACGAGUCAGCAUUAUACCAGAACAUCAGUGCUUCGAUCAAAUGGAUACAAAUCGAUAACCAAUUGUAUGGAGGACUGUUCCCCAUGGUCCUGUAUCCUUCUGUGGUUCCUAAGCAAGCUCAAGAGAUCGAGACGCACCCAUCAUUGCACGCCAUGGUAACGAGAGUCAAGGACGACUCUUAUGGUGUCCUCUACAUCAAGUACGCUACUGUGCUGCUGCAACAGAUGACAGUCGAACUUGAUGAGGACUUCAUCUACGCUGUUCUCGAUUUCACAAAAGUGCCGGGUGCUUCAUGGACCGAGACCCAUGAGGGUAAGCUUUGUGACGAAGGCCUUGGUAUUCCUGAGCCAAAGCAACAACAGUCAGGCCAGGACAUAUACUUUGAGGUGCUCAACAUUCAGCCCAUGCAGCUCGAUCUGUCGUUCAUGCGCACCGAACGGGUCAACAUCGAAGACAAGACCUCGUCGCACAACCCUGUCAUGUUCUUUAUCAAUGCGAUGACGAUGGCAAUUGGCAAUGUCAACGAUGCACCUAUCCGACUAAAUGCUUUACUUCUGGAGAAUGCACGUGUAUCGAUCCCCGUCCUCGUCCAAAACAUGUCCAACCAUUACAGUCAAGAGGUCAUUUACCAAGUUCACAAGAUCAUUGGGAGUGCGGAUUUCCUCGGCAACCCGGUUGGUUUGUUCAACAAUAUUAGUAGUGGCAUCACAGACGUCUUUUACGAACCUUACCAAGGACUCAUCAUGUCAGACAAGCCCGAAGACCUUGGAAUCGGCAUCGCCAAGGGUGCUGCUAGCUUCGUGAAGAAAUCAGUCUACGGAUUUUCGGACUCAUUCUCCAAGAUCACUGGAAGUUUUAGCAAAGGUCUGGCCGCAGCGACUCUGGACAAGCAAUUCCAGGAUCGUCGCCGUAUCACACGUGCACGUAACCGACCGAAGCAUGCUUUGUAUGGUUUCACGGCUGGUGCGAACUCUUUCUUCACCUCAGUCGCAUCAGGUGUCGGCGGCGUAGCAAAGAAACCCCUCGAAGGUGCAGAACAGGAAGGCGCCGCAGGCUUCUUCAAGGGUGUGGGCAAGGGUGCACUCGGCCUCGUCACUAAACCCACUGUGGGUAUUCUAGACUUUGCGUCGAACGUGGCUGAGGGAGUCCGCAACACCACGACCGUGUUUGAUGGCUCUGAAUUGGACCGCGUGCGUAUCACACGCUUCAUCCCAUCUGACGGAGUAGUGCGCCCAUACAACCAGCGCGAGGCUCUCGGUCAAUCCUGGCUCAAACAGGUUGACAACGGGCGAUACUUCAAUGAGGAAUACAUCGCCCAUCUCGAGCUGCCUCGAGAAGAUAUGGUCGUCAUGGUCACCUACAGUCGAAUCUUGUUGAUACGCAGUCGGAGAUUGACGACCGAGUGGGAUGUUUCACUCAAGGAUGUUCAGACCAUUGCAAAAGAGAGGACCGGCCUUAGUAUCGUGCUCAGAGGUGGUACCAACGGCCCCUUUGUGCCGAUCGGAGAGGAAAGUGGAAGGACUUUCUUGUACAGAAUGGUCGCGGUAGCGGUGGAAGAGUUCAACCGCAGGUUCAGGGGGUUGGAGUGA